AGGACGGUCGGAGGAAGAAGCAGAAAACAAAGUGACAGCAGCCGGGAGGACGGGAGGACCGGAGGAUGCUGCUGCUCGUCACUUCUGAGGAGUUGUCAGCAUCACGGCAGCAGAGCAGCUCUGGCCGGCGUGUCGGUUCAUGUUGAUGCCAGUGUGAAGCCAUGGCGAGCGCUCAGCCGGGGGUCCACGCUCUCAAACUCCAGCCUCCGUCCGUCUCCCACACGCUGAGGAACGGCAGCAACUUCCUGAAAUGGGACGAGGAUCUGUCGACCGUCUCUCCAGUGACUCUUUAUGUGGAUCCACAUGGAUUCUAUCUGCACUGGACCGAACAGAACAAGCAGGACACGGAGCUGCUGGACCUGACGCUGGUGAAGGAUGUCAGGACGGGUCGAAGCACCAAAACACCAAAGGAGGCCAAGCUGCGGGAGCUGCUCGAUGUGGGGAACCUGGUUGGUCGACUGGAGAACCGCAUGGUUACCGUGGUUACGGCCUCGGACCUGGUAAACGUCAACCAGCUGAUCUUCAUCGCCUCACAGGAGGAUGAAGCCAAGAUCUGGUGUGAGGAGCUGUUUUCUCUGUCUUCCAACCUGCUGAGCCACAAUCUGAACAGAGACCAGAGUCUGCUGAAAGCGUACGUCAGAUUAACUCUUCAGCCGAAUGCAGAAGGAAGAAUUCCUGUCAAGAACAUCGUUCGGCUGUUUUCAUCAGACAGGAAGAGGGUAGAAAAUGCCCUGGAGAGCUGCAAACUGCCCUACGGACGGGGUGACAGCAUCAAACUGGAGGAUUUUACUCUGGAAGUCUACAGGAACUUCCUGGACAGUCUCUGUCCUCGUAAUGAGCUUGGAAACAUCUUCAAACUGCAAGGAGCGAACGGCGGAACGAUGUCGGUCGAUCAGAUGACCGAGUUCAUCAACAACAAGCAGAGAGACCCGAGACUCAACGAGAUCCUUUAUCCUCCUCUUCGUCCUGCACAAACCCACAGUCUGAUGGAGAGAUACCAACACGACCAGGCCCAGCUCAAGCAAGGUUCCAUUUCUCUGCAGGCGUUUUCCAGUUAUCUAUCCAGUGAUGAGAACGGAGUGAUUCCACCAGAAAAACUGGAUCAGUCUGAAGACAUGAGCUUCCCGCUGUCGCACUAUUUCAUCAAGUCGUCACAUAAUACCUACCUGACAGCCGGUCAGCUGGCUGGAAGCUCCUCGGUGGAAAUGUACCGUCAGGUUCUCCUGGCCGGAUGUCGCUGUGUAGAAUUAGACGUUUGGAAAGGACGAACCGCCGAGGAGGAACCCGUCAUCACCCACGGAUUCACCAUGACGUCGGAAAUCUCCUUUAAGGAAGUGAUCGAAGCCAUCGCUGAAUGCGCCUUCAAGACGUCACCUUUUCCCGUCAUUCUGUCUUUUGAAAACCAUGUCGACUCUUUGAAGCAACAGGCCAAAAUGGCUGAAUAUUGCCGAUCGAUCUUCGGAGACGCUCUUCUGAUCGACCCGCUGGACAAAUAUCCUCUGGAGUCAGGCAUCCCUCUGCCCAGUCCUCAGGAGCUGAUGGGCAAAAUCCUCAUCAAGAACAAGAAAUCUCACAAACCGGCCAAUAACACAGACAGCAAGAGGCUGACGGACCAGCCGGCCAAUCAGAGCCAGGAGCCACUGUCUCCUAGCAACAACACGGGAGAGAUGGAGGCAGAGAGUGAGGAAGACGACGAUGAUGAAGAUGAUGAUGGUAAAAAGGGCUCUGCUGAGCGGGAGGCGGUGGCUACAGAGGAAAUGUCAACUCUGGUAAACUACGUCCAGCCGACCAAGUUCAACUCCUUCGAAGCCUCCAAGAAGGCGGCCCGCUGUUACCACAUGUCGUCUUUCGUGGAGACCAAAGCUUUGGAGCAUCUCACAAAGUCACCGGUGGAGUUUGUGGAAUAUAAUAAAUCCCAGCUGAGUCGAAUCUAUCCCAAAGGAACCAGAGUGGAUUCGUCUAACUUCAUGCCUCAACUCUUCUGGAAUGCUGGAUGUCAGCUGGUGGCUCUCAACUACCAAACUAUCGAUUUGUCCAUGCAGCUGAAUCUCUUCAUGUUCGAGUACAACGGUCGCAGCGGCUACAGACUGAAGCCUGAGUUCAUGAGACGUCCAGACAAACACUUUGACCCUUUCACAGAAAACACUGUGGACGGCAUCGUAGCGAACACACUGUCUGUGAAGGUGAUUUCAGGCCAGUUUGUGACGGAGCGGAGGGUUGGAGUUUAUGUGGAGGUGGAGAUGUUCGGACUUCCUGCAGACACCAGGAGAAAAGCUCUGAAGACCAAAACUUCUCAGAACAACAACGCCAUCAAUCCAGUGUGGGACGAAGAGCCGAUUGUCUUCAAAAAGGUGAUUCUUCCAACUCUGGCCUCUCUGAGAAUCGCUGCUUUUGAGGAAAGCGGGAAGUUUAUCGGUCAUCGAAUUAUUCCCGUUUCUGCCAUCAGACCAGGUUACCGUUACAUCGGUUUGAGGAAUGAGAAGAAUCAGUCUCUGAUUCUACCGGCCGUGUUCGUCUACAUCGAAGUCAAAGAUUACGUCCCCGAUACGUUUGCAGAUGUGAUCGAGGCUCUGUCCAACCCCAUCAGAUACGUGAACCUCCUGGAGCAGAGGUCCAAACAGCUGGCAGCUCUGACUCUGGAGGAUGGCGAGGAGGACACUCAGACGGAGGAUGAGGUUGAAAACAGCGUCGAGAGGAAGAACGAUCUGAAAUCAGCUCCACUGGAGAACGGACUGAGUCCCACAUCUGGACCUGCAGGCCACACCCCCAUCGCCACGACGCCGAAAGCUUCUGCUGCCAAUCAGCAAGCAGCUACGACAGAGUCGGCCAAACCAGCAGCAAAGACCGAAGACCUGGUUUUAAGUGUUUUGAUAGACGUCCCGGUUUGCUCCAUGGAGGCUCUGCAGCAAACCAAAGUUUACCAGAAGGAGCAGCGACGGCAGUUCAAGGAGCUGAAGGAGCUGGUGAGGAGGCACCAGAAGAAAACCUCCGAACUGCUGCGAGAGUUCAACAACAAGUACAAGAAGACGGCCCGACAGUGCAGCAAGAGCAGGGCGUCUUGUUCGGACAACGAGGAAGACGAACGUCUGCAGCAGCUGAGAGACCAACAGCAGCAGCAGCUUCUGGCUCUGAGGCAGGAACAGUACUACAGUCAGAAAUACCUGCAGAGGGAACACAUCAAGACGCUGACAGAACGUCUCAGCAGUCUGGCUGAGGAGAGUCACAACACCCAGAUGAAGAAACUCAAAGACAUCUGUGACAAGGAGAAGAAGGAGUUGAAGAGGCAGAUGGAUCGAAGGAGAACAGAGAAGAUCAACCAGGCGAAGACCAAAGAGAAACAUCUGGCAGAGGAGGAGAAGAUCGAGAUCAAUAAGUCCUACGUCAAUGAAGUCGUCCAGAACAUAAAGCGGCUCGAGGAAACUCAAACGAAACGCCACGAGCAGCUGGUGGAGCAACACAACGAGCUGCUGCAGGAGAUACAGGACCAGAAACCAAAGCUGCAGGGCGCCGUGGAGGCAGAGUUCCAGGAGAAGUUCCACUGUUUGCCCGGAGAGAUCGAAGAGUUCCUGCAGGACAGGAAGAUGGAGGUCCGAGGUCACAGCAAAUCUAGACCAUCAACGCCUCAUGAAGCUCUUUCUGAGGAGGACUGAAGGGAAAGAAGGAAUGAAUCAGGAGUAAACCGAGAACACAACCAAGCAGAAGGUAGCGGGCUGAUGAGGGAGUAAACGAUCCAGAUAAUAAAGACUGUUACUUUCCUUUUUAAUGGAAGAGCGCUUUAAGAAUUUAUUUUUCAAUUUCAUUAUCUUUGCAUGAACUUUGCUGUAUUUCAGCGUUUAAUCAUUUAGUCUUAUUUUCUGUCAUCUGUUACUUUGACAGACAUCUGAAACCCAACAGUUUGUACUGCAUGAAAACUCUAUCUAUCUAUCUAUCUAUCUAUCUAUCUGUCUAUCUAUCUAUCUGUCUGUCUGUCUGUCUGUCUGAUGUCUAUCUAUCUAUCUAUCUAUCUAUCUAUCUAUCUGUCUAUCUAUCUAUCUGUCUAUCUAUAGUCUCUCUAUCUGUCUAUCCGUCUAUCUAUCUAUCUAUCUAUCUAUCUAUCUAUCUAUCUAUCUAUAGUCUAUCUAUCUAUCUGUCUAUCUAUCUGUCUAUCUAUCUAUCUGUCUGUCUGUCUGUCUGUCUGUCUGUCUAUCUAUCUAUCUAUCUAUCUAUCUAUAGUCUCUCUAUCUAUCUAUCUAUCGAUCUAUCUAUCAUCUAUCUAUCUAUCUGUCUAUCUGUCUAUCUAUCUAUAGUCUCUCUAUCUAUCUAUCUAUCUAUCUAUCUAUCUAUCUGUCUAUCUAUCUAUCUAUCUGUCUAUUUAUCUAUCUAUCUAGAUAUCUAUCUAUCUAUCUGCUCAUACAUAAACUCGAGGCCUGUCUCUAUCUUAUAUACACAUGCAGAGACGUUAUACAGCUUUUGCGUUGGUCACAAUCAGUGCUAAUACACUUAUAAUCUACCAGUAAUCACUGCUGUUUUCUAUAAUUAUCGUUCUUCUUUUUCACUCACAUUCACACACAUUUUAAAGCUGCACAAAACCGGAGCUGAAAAGCCCACACCCACAGUGGGCUCUGUUUGUUUCGGCUGGAGAUUAAUAACUUUGUUCAAAGGCUCCUCAGUGGUGGUACAAUGAUGAUAAUAAUCCACCACAUCUUGUUUGUGUCAAACUGGCAAAACAAAAUGCAGCUACAAAUGCUAACGUUGCAUAAGAUAUGAAGACGACAUCUCUUUUUAAUGCUCUGUGUAUCAAAGUUACAUGUUUAGAAUUCAUCUCUUCCAGCCUUAAAAGGUCUUUAUGCCAUAUCUACGCUCAUUUCUCCACACUCCUUGCAACCCGAGCACACCAGCUCAGUGCUUCAAACCAGAAACAGAUUCUAUACAAAAAACAACGAAAACUGCAACCUGCAAGCUGACAGAACUGGUUCUUUAGGUUUGUUAUGUGUGAAGCUCCAAAAGUCUGAAGACGUGUCAUCGGUUCACUGCAGUUUCUGGGUGGAAAUGCUCGACCAUGACGUUGACUAUUUAUUUUACUUAUAAAAUUUGAAAAAAGAGCACAUGGGCAUGUUGACAAGGUGAUGUUCACUUUAAUAACUUCUUAUGUAAAUGUCAGAGGGCCUGUUUAUUAGCUGGAAUUAAAAAUGAAAGACUUACAAUUGUAAAAAUAUGCAAGUGUUGAUCAAAAACUUGAGAGAUUUUACCUAUUGAAAUCUAAAACUGUUCCUGAUUUAAAUUUGGCUGCCAAGUAGUCUUGUUGUGCAGUGAUCCUCUGCUCCCAGUGAUCCUCUGCUCCCAGUGAUCCUCUGCUCCCAGUGAUCCUCUGCUCCCAGUGAUCCUCUGCUCCCAGUGAUCCUCUGCUCCCAGUGAUCCUCUGCUCCCAGUGAUCCUCUGCUCCCAGUGAUCCUCUGCUCCCAGUGAUCCUCUUCUCCCAGUGAUCCUCUUCUCCCAGUGAUCCUGCAACAUUUUUAAUGCUCCCUGGAAGUCCUGUUAUUCAGCAACGAGCGCUGAAUCUCUGAAACUGUGUCAGAACUGUGACCUUUUAGCAUUUAUUCCAUUCCAAGUGGUAAAUCUGGUGAUUUUUGUGUUCUUCCACUGUACAAACUAAAAUGCUGUUUCUUCUGUGGAUGGCAGCAGCAGAUCCUCCACGCUUCACCAUGAACACAGAACGUUGUGUUUCCUCACGGUGAAAGUUUGAGCUCCAUUGAGAAACCUCAAGAGUGGUCAUAAAAACAUGCAUCACAGGUCCAGAUGUUAAUAACACAAUGACACAUGACAUAUUAUGGACAACACAAACAGUCUCUAAACCUUUUGAUGAAGCUUCUUUCUUUAGCAUUUAGAAACUCUACGGGGCUCUUAUCAUGACUGUCACAAAGAAAAAACCUGAGUGUGAACCUCUAAACCAGAGCUGUCAAACUCAUUCUAGUUCAGGUUCCACAUUCAGCCCAGUUUGAUCCCAGCUGGGUUGGACCAGUAAAAUCACAGCAUAAUAACCUAUAAACAACCACAACUGCUAAUGUUUCCUUUGCUUUAGUGCAAAAAAGUUCAUUCUGAAAAUGUUUACAUUUAAUGAACUAUUUUCUUACAAAACAUCACAAACAACCUGAAAUUUCUUAAGAAAAGUAAGUUCAGUUUCAGCAAUAUUAUGCCUCAGUUUAUUGUUUACAAAUGACAACUUCCAGAUCACAGAGUGUCUACAAAGGAACACAACAUUUAGUCAUCUGGAACUGAACAAUGUAGUAUUUUACUUUAUGAAAAAAUGACACAAGCGAGACAAAAAAAAAGACACAAAAUGACAAAAACGAGAAAACAAAAACAUGAGACAAAUGACAAAAGUCAGACAAAAAACAAGACAAAAAAACGACAAAAUAUUACAAAAAUGGGACAAAAGCACAAUGAACAAUCUAGUAUUUUACUUUAAGAUCAAAACAACUUGUCAUGGUCUAGAAAUCAUUUUAAAUUUAUAGUUUUACUAAUUUACAAUUUGCAGUUAAUGUCUUAUCUGGAAUUUUUUCACUUUACAAAGUCGUCUCAUGGGCCGGAUUGGACCCUCUGGUGGGCCAGUUUUGGUCCGCGGGCCGCAUGUUUGACACACCUCUAAACAGACAGUAAGAACCAGUGAGAACGUCUUCAAAAUGCAUUAGGACUAAAAUUGGUAACACAAACCUAAAGACAUGUCCAACAAUGUUUAUGUUUUAUUAUAAAACCGUUAUUUUAUGUUACCUCAUUGCAUCUACUGUCGUAAUUUUUCAAUCAUUGUCGUCCAAAUGACAGGUAAGACUUUAAUGGGAACUGAACCUUUAUUUCAGACAUUAAUGAGAAAGUUGGUGCACUUGUUGUAGAGUGGCUUUGCAUGAAGAAAUCAUAGGGUGUGAAGAACUGCUGGUACUUUGUAUUAGUUUGUACUGUGAUCAAGUUGAUUUAUUGAUUGUAUACUUGUUAUUUAUGUAUUUAUUAAUGAGAUAUUGAGAGAAAAUGGAAUCUGAAUGGUGAUUUUCUGGUAUGUUCCUAAAAAAAAAGAAAGACUGUUAGCCGAAGACAUUUGGGGUUUGUGGGAUGUUUAGGGGAAAGAAGAAAGAUUUGCACAGAAAGAUUUUGGGUGUCUAUGUUUUCUGUGCAGGUACGCUCUGCAGACUAAUUCUGACCAAUUCAUUAAAGGGUUGCAAAGGAUGCAAGAGAAAAUUUCUCAUUUAUUCAUUUAGAUAAAUCUUUUAAGUUGCAAACAUUAUGUUGAUGGGUUUGGUUGGCAUCUUUAACUAAUAAUUUGCUUUAAUAAUUUUGGUAAUUGCAUUAACUUAAUAUUUUGUGUAAUUUAUACUCAACUCUUUGUUGAGUGAAAAAUAAAUUUAAGUUGAGGCAACUUAUUGAAAUUGGCUCAAAACUUAAUUUUUCUUCACCUUGAGAUUGACGAGUCUGCUCCACUUCCUGCUUAACAUUGGAGCAACUUAUUUUUUUUUAAUUUGUCAACUCAAGAACUUGUGUUCACAAUUACUGUAAUUAAGUAUAAAGCACUUCAAAUAAAUUUUAAAUAAAUGUGGAAAUACUACUUGGAAUAUGUAAAUUUUUUGUGUUUAUGCUGCCAAACCUAUGUAAGUGUUAAUAACAAAGCCUUCAUGCUAAUUCCCCUAAAUCAGUGUAACUUGUUGGUUGAACAUAAUUUCAUUAGAAGUUGUCAUAACUCAAAAAGAUUGAUGCAAACGGUUGUGUUAUUUAUUUUUUGUUUUAUUGUUGUUGAACCCAGUGCUAAUUGUUUAGCAGCAACACUGGACUGCUGCAGGAAUGACGUGGCAGUAAAACGUCUUGUUCGAUGUGGAGGGAAACCAAAAGUCUGCUGCCGCUGCAUGACUUCUUUGUUUCGAUGUGAAAAUCAGACUCAGUUGUCACUUUGAUGAAUUUAUCAGCUGUUAUUUUCACAAUAUUUAAGGACAUAAUUUCUCAAGUGUUUUACUUUGUUGUAAAAAGCUCUCGUCACUCUUUGUACAGUGAUCUUCCAGAACAACGUUUGCUGGAACAUUUUUCAUGACUUGUUUUUUCUCUGGACUAAGGCCUAAGCUGCGUUCAACAACCUUUUUGCAGGGAACCUUUUGUUCGAAUUGUAAACCGUGGUUGAUGAUGUUAAACGCUUUGGGAGCACAGUGUGUAACUGACCUCGUAAAGGUAGCCUGCAGUGCAGCUUUCAUGGCAAUAUAUACACCCGGCAUGCAGAGUACCUCAUUAUUCACUAAAUUAUCUGUUUAAAAGACGUUCAGAUCUGCAGAGUGGUCGAGGUUUUUAAGCAAAAACGCCUUGUUGAACGCACUGCUUUAGCGAUUAUACUGAGCAUGCUUUAUUGUCUUGGAUUUCUCCACCAGUUGAAUUGUUUCUUGGUUUUACUGAAUGCUAUUUUAAGACCAGUUGAAAGACUAUUAAAGUAUUUGAUCUAAAAA